AUUUCAGAAGAAAAUGUCCCCGGUUACGGAUCACAAUAUCGAUCAUUUUCCCAAUCCUUGAAUAAUCAGAAAGGUGCAGUAAAUGUCAUAAUUGGUUAUUACGCUUUAAAUUAAGAAAAAUGAUGCACAUGGAAAGGGGAUAAGAAAUCGCUCCAGGUAAUUGUGAUGGUUUCAAUGUCCAUAAACUGAAGUAACAUCGGGGAUCCAAAUGGCCUAUUGCGGUACUGCUACAGCUUGGUCCAAAUUUGGUUUAUUGACGCAGUUCAUUGGACUGGCUUUGGCUCUCUCGGGAUUUAGUACUAUAGGAUGGAUGGCUACUACAACUGUCCAAGACAACACGGACAUUAUUAUCGGUCUAUUCCAGAUGAAAGAUUGCUCCACGGGAAGUUGUGCAACGCAGGAACUCUCAUCCGCGUAUGAAAAUAGUGGUCGGGAUGCAACGCUGGGUUUAAUGAUCGUUGUUCUGAUAGUAUCAGUUCUCACCACUGUCCUUUACAGUAUUUAUGUUGCCACGGACGCUGCAAGAUACAGAUCCAUGAUCAUUAUCAUAAUGUGCUUAACUUUCUUGGCGGCUCUGUUUACUCUGAUUGGAGCCAUUGUCUACGCCGCCUCAGUACCUUCUGACUUCUAUUCGUCCUAUUCGGUCGGACUCGUCUUAAUAGCCUCGUUUUUAUUCGUUUGCGCCGGAUGUAUGCUUAUUCCCGAUAUCAAAAACAAAGUUUACCGACGUCAAACUCGGACACGUGUAAGAACUCCUUCCACCCUAAGUGUACAGUCGACCGAAUCUCCUCCACCACGUUACACCUCUAGGAUGCCAUCGCCCGUGUACAAAAUUCCUCGUCGACCCAAAGGUGUCUGGGUUUACAAAGAAUACGAUGAUUAUCCACGCACACCAAACCGACGAUCACCGCCAAGGGAUACUUCAAGGUCAAUUUCUACUCCAGGAAAGGCGAUCCGACUUCACCAUGUCCGGGAGCCACUCUCGUUACAGAUCUCGCAUGUUACGCCCCGUCGGUACGGCACUCCUUUGUCCGUUCAACGCUAUGAUUAUAAAGCCAGAUAGAAAAGGGACCUGCAUCUCGCGAUGGAUUUCAUAAUAUAGACACAAAAUAAAGGGUUUUCAAGUUUGUUAGUUCAGGAUCCAAAUGAGUUGUUCAAAUAGGAAUCCGUUAAAUGAAGGCGAGAUAAAUCUUCCAAUCUCAUGAACGACUGGACCAGAAGAAAAUUAUAUCAAGGUUUCUUUAAAGAGUGAAUAUUCAAAAUGUUUCAAAUCAUUCUUCCCGUAGGAUGGGUGGGGUAAACGUUUUGAAUGGGGAUAAAAAGAGAAGAGAAAAAAAUCUUUUAAAACCUUUUCUAGGAGGAGCUACUCCUUGAUUAGUCAUAUUAAUAUGCAGGCAUCCUCAGGUAAUACAGACGCAAGCUUGUUUCAAUCAUGGCCGCUGAUACAAUGUACGUGCUUCCGUUCAAUGCAGUGAGGAAGUUUACUGUUCUCUAUUGUGUUAUUUGAAACAUCCAAGUUCACGAUAUGUAGGAGGUUCGAGCACACUUUUAAUCCGGAUAGCUACAUUAUCUACACUGCAUGUUGCCGUCCAAAGUCAGUCUCUGUUCUCAAUUGCUUGAUGUGUUGUCUUAAAUGAUUUUCAACUUAACUUUGAAUGAUGUUGUCUAUUGAGUGUUCCCCUUAUCCCCGAUUCCACCCAGAGAUUUUUGAGCAAUGAAGUUACAUGUAGUUGAUUCAAGGUCAGAACUUUAACCCCCCCCCCCCCCCCCCCCCGCGCUAAAGCGUUUCACAUAUAUCUAUAUUUACGAAUCGAAACUCUCUGGGCUGAGUCUCUUAAAAUAUCGUUCAAGGUACUUUCGACACUUUAAUGCCAUGCCUUUUGUAAAAUCGUUCUUAAUCAACCGAGUAUUUACUCUCGUUAGUCUAUGCCUUUGUUUUCGCCGUAUUGAAAAAUUAGUUGUGUGUCAUUGAGAACUUUCCUCUGAAAUAUAAGGCGCACAGACUCAAGGAGGAAGAUACCCCAUUUGUUUUCCAACUAUCGUUUUCAGUUAUUUUCUUACACAUGUAUCAACUUUAAGAUAUAUUGUUUGACUCCCCCCACCCACCCGAAUUUUUUACAGUAAUGGCGAAUGGGAAGAAAAUAAUCUUUAAGUUAUGAAAUGAACCCAUGUGUAGAUGCACGAAUGCUACCCCCACCCCACCCCCUCCCCAAUCACGGAUUAAGAAAUUGCAGUUUGGGAAAAAAUUAGGUAGUUUUAGUCACAGUGGGUUGUCUUCCGGAUUGUGGAAAAUAAAAAAAAGGAAAAUAUGAAUCCUCUUGAAAAUCUCCGUUGAAGUAGUUUUAAUAAAGAUGCCGACACGUUUCGGCAAUUAAUAUAUCAUUUAAAUUAUAUCCCCACAAGUAGUAUCAUAUCGAUAUGACGAACCCCCCCCCCCCCCCCCCCCGCACCCCUGUUUGCCACAAAUAUAUUUAUGAAAACUCUAGAUUUGGCACCCAAAGUGGCUACGUAUUUUGGCUAAUAUGUAACCCCAACCCCCCCGAUCUGCCUCUGAAUUUGACACAUCAAUUAUGUUUGAUUUAUUUAUAUGUUGCAUUUCUUAUGUUUUCAUCAUUGAAUAAAUGUUACAAAAUUCCUGCU